CUCGCACAAUGUAGCUACAACUAUAAGACGGAGCUCUAGAGAGCUGUAGUUGAAGACAUUGUACUUCACACAUGGUAUAAGACCUCCAUCCCAGCAGAGGUUACCCUUUACGGUUCGAGAACAGCCACUUCCACGGCCGCGAGCACUUACCAUCAUGGCUGCGAAGAACGUCCUGCGCAGAGCAAUGCUCUAUGGUACCUUUCCCUCUUUGUGCCUUCAUGGCCCAUCUCACUCCCCCUCUACGUCGUUCCUACAGUCGGAGGAAAUGUAGCUAACAUGUUGCCCACUUUUCUCUGGCGUGUAGUGCCCGGCUCCUCGCAAGCCUUCCUUGACAAGUCCCGCGGCAUGACGGCCGACUGCAUCGCCUACGACCUCGAAGACAGCGUCACGCCCGGUCGCAAAGCCGAAGCCCGCGCCGCCGUCCGUCGCGCGCUGGACCAGGACAUGCCCUCGGGCGUCAAGGAGCGCGCGGUGCGCAUCAACAGCGUCGGCAGCGGUCUCGCGCUCGCCGAUCUGGAAGAGGUGGUGAAGUCGCGCAACCUGACCACGCUGGUCGUUCCCAAGGUCGAAGGCCCCAACGAUCUCACCUUCAUCCGGGAUGUUCUCGAACACACGCGCGCACAACAGAAGAAACGGUCCGGAGAACAGGGCGGCACGAUCAGUGUGCUGGCGUUGAUCGAGAGCGCAAAAUCCGUUUUGCAGCUCAACGAGAUCUGCCGCGCCACGCCGGGCUUGUUGCAGGGCCUCGUCUUUGCCGCGGAGGAUUACGCGCUGGACAUGAGCAUCACGCGCACGCCCUCCCUCACAGAAUUCCUGUAUGCCCGGCAGGCCAUCGCGACCGCCGCGCGCGCGUACAACCUGCCCAGCACGAUCGACCUGGUCGCGACGAGUUUCAAGAGCGAGGCCGACCAUGAGGCCUUGCUGAGGGAGGCCGAGGAGGGGAAAGGAAUGGGGUACAAUGGCAAGCAGUGCAUUCAUCCGAGCCAGGUGGACAGCGUGCAGAAGAUCUUCAGCCCGAGUGACAAGGAAGUCGAGUGGGCGGUGAGGAUUGUCAUUGCGCAGAAGCGCGCCGAGGAGCAGGGCAAGGGCGCGUGGGCGAUGGACGGGAAAAUGAUCGAUGCCCCCGUCGAGGGCAAGGCCAGGGCUAUUGUGGCCAAGGCGGAAUUGUGUGGGUUUGAUGUAGCGAGUCUCAGGGAAACCUGGAAGGAGCAGCAACCUGAAUGAAAUGAAAUGAAUAAUUGAAAAACAACGAUGGUCUAUAAAAUGCUCGGGCUCGCUGCGGCUCACAUACCA